GGCGGCCGGAGCGCCGGUAGAGCGAUGCAGACAGCCAUUGUGAUCACCGAGCAGCCGGUCUCUGUCUCCGUUCCUGUUGGGUACUCCUUCACUCUGCACUGCAGAGCCGAGGCCCACACCUCACUGCAGUACCAGUGGUUUUGUCAGUGCCAGUCUGUCCGCUACCAGAUUCCUGGUGCCACCAAGCAAGACUUGCCCAUCACUGCACAGCAGACCCAACUCUACACUUGCAGAAUUAAUGACCUCUACAGAAAUGUGAUCUUCUCUGACUGGGUGAAGGUGGAGGUUCAUCCAUACGUUGCCGGAGGAUUGCUCCCUCAGCUCUGGCAAGGAGAACCAGUCAUCAUCCUCAACCCCACUGACCAGAAGGUGGAAGUUGGAAAACCACUACAGCUGCAGUGUGCUGCCGUUGGGGUCCCAGCCCCCAGCUACCAGUGGUACCGAAACGGGAACGUGCUGGAACACCAGAAGAAAAAAAAACUCUGGGUAACAUUACCUCGGGAUGGUUCAGAAACUUUGGCUACUGAGAUCACCCAAACCAAAGUCAGCGACUCUGGCACAUACCUCUGCUGUGCCUCCAACAGCCGUGGAGAGCACUGGACCAACGCAGUGGACAUUCGCAUAGGCACCUGUCGCUCUGAGAAGCUAUUUGCUACAGGCAAGCUAGCACUUUUAGUGGGCAACAACCAUUACCAGCAUCAUCCAAACCUGAUGGCUCCCGUCACAGAUGUGUUUGAGCUGAGUCUUCUUCUGAAGCAGCUGGGCUUCCAAGUUGUUUCUCUCCUGGACUUGAACAAGGCUGAGAUGGUGGCAGCAGUCAGUCGGUUCCUACAGCUCCUGGAGAAAGGAGUCUAUGCUAUAUUCUACUAUGCUGGGCAUGGGUAUGAACAUCUGGGGAGGAACUACAUGGUCCCUGUUGAUGCUCCACAACUGUACGCCCCUGAGAACUGCAUCAGCGUGCAGAGGAUCCUUCAGAAGAUGCAGCAGCAGCAGACGGCCCUGAACCUGAUCCUGCUGGACACCUGCAGGAAAUGGUACAACCCAGAGUGUGCCCUCUCCCAGGUACAGCCGCUGGAGCCCUGGGGCAAUACUGUUUAUGGCUAUGCCACGAGUGAAGAUGCAGAAGCCUAUGAGUUGCAGGAUGGGGAGUUCAGCUCUGGGAUCUUCAUGAAAUAUUUGAAGAAACAUAUUUUGCAGGAGAAGAAAGUUACGCACAUGCUGGAGGAUGUAUUAGAAGACCUUGGCCGGGAUCCCAUGGUCACUGGGAAGCAGGUGAUGGAGAUCAAGCACACUCUGAAGGAAGCCCGUUCCCUAACAGACCCCAUCUGCCCCAUGGGAGCAGCUGCAGAGCGCUGGGGAUGCAGCCACGAGCCCCCAAGCGAAACAGUGACGUUCCCCUGUGGGGUGCAGGCAGAGCUUCGCUUCCACCGGCUUUUCUCCAAUGUGCUGUCUGUCUGCGCCAAGCUGCAGGACCUCCCAGUCCACGUCACUGAUGCACAGCUCAUGCUCCGCCAGCCCACUGAAGUGGACGAUGUUGCCAAUCUGGAAGAGAGCCACCCAGACCAAAUGGAUUCUCUGCUCACCUCUGUUUACAAGCAGGAGGAGCUGGACUGCGUCUUCCAACUCUGUGGACUACAGAAAAUUCAGAUGGAUGUGGUCCUGCAGUUGGAUUUGCAUUACACCCAGCUGAGCACAAAGCAGAGGACUUGUGAAAGCCUGCAGAAAAUCCUCCCAAAAUUGCUGCUGGGGCAGUUUUUCACCCGAAGGAACUACACCCGGCCCAGCUAUGACAGCACUCCAGCCCGGACAGACCCCAGUGGGGCCCUGAGGACAGGCACUAGUCGCAGCUUGCCCAGCAGCAACCCCUCCAAGUCCAGCAGUGAGCCGGAGGAAAAUGAUGAGCGCAGCAUGAGCGAGCUCUGCUCAGCCCUGCUGCGGGCUGGCCCAGGGCAAGAGCACCCCUGACUCCAUGAGCUGGCAUGCACAGCCUUCAGAUGUUAACGCAGCAGAACUGAGCUGCUUUCCAGGCUUAGCGAUCACCCUGUCAAAAUGAAAUUUCUGCAGACAUCGCCAAGGUGUCAUUGUCACGUCUGGCAGAGGACCUGGCCUCUCGACAAGUCAUAAUAUUGGCAGGUGGCACCCACCAGUGCUUACAGUCAAGGGCACAGGCUGAUACUUUCUGCAAAUCAGGGUUUGCUAAGCAAGUGCCUGAAAGCAGGAUUUGCAGCAUUAACUGUCUUGAGAAACACACACUACAAACACUACAGUCCUGCAGUACAGCACAGGCACCGUCUCAAAACCCACAACUGCUGAUUGUUACCACUUUUGCAAGGGACGCAAGGAGUGACCAAGGGACUCAGAUCAGACUGGGUCGGUGUGUAAGCUUUCCCCUGGGGUUGCACGAGAGUUUUCCCUCCUUGCGUGUGUCAAAGCAGGUUUUAAAUUAUGUGUUUAUGUAUUUCUACUGAAUGUAUUUAUACUCUGGGCAAGAAAAUUGCUUGCUCGUAAAAGCAAGCAUGCCCCUUCUAGUCUGUUACACGGGGGCAUAAGAUGGAGUUAGAUCCUAUGUGGUCUUGAGUUCCUCUGACACAGAAUCCCCGAUGUGAAGGGGACGGAAAAGACCGGAGUGGAGAAGGAAAAACCUCAAAAAAAAAAUCAUUAUUAGUGCCGCUAUUUUUCCAAAGUGCCUGCCUCAAUGUGCAUUCACUGCAGGCAACUCAAAGCACUACCUUCUGUAGAGAACCAGUCAUCCCGGGAGAGCCAUGGGUGAGGAGGGCCAGCCUGAGCAGCUGCAGUCCCCUCCCUGCCUGCCCCUCUGAUUGUUGUUGAGUAAUGGUUUUGACAGAGCUUUGCAGGGGAGGGCAAUCCAACAGUGUAAAGGAAGCCAGUGACCCCACUGAGGUGUGAGAUCUCCGUCCUACAUCUUGGAGGUCAAAGACUCCUUGAGAAGUCAAGGUUGAUGGGAUGGGGAAAGUUCCUGAGCUCUAAAAGAGGGAAUGAGUGAAUAUUUUCUAAGUUUUCGUUCUCCUUCAGCAGUGUGUCUUUCCACAGUGGGGACUGUCUAUUGCAGCAUGGAAAAAUAUGAACUGCUUCUUCCAGAUAAACCAUCCUACAGAUGCUGGAAGCCAGUCCAAAGAGAACAGAGGAGGCUUUUAUUCUCGGAGUGAGUAGAGCCAGGAGAAAGAGGAGAGGCCCCAUCUGGCUGAAGUUGAGAAAGUCUCCUAGGAAAAAACGUAAAGCUCAAAAAAAAUAAUAAUACAAUAUGUAGUUUAAAUUAGAUGGACUGAUAGAAAAACCUAACCAGAAAAUAAUAAACUAAUUGAAGGGAGAACCAAAGAUUAAGUCAACACCAGCAGAAACUUAAGACAGGUCAGUGGGAAUUGUUGUGCAGGCAUCUGGGAGGGAUUAUACACACCCUUCUGUACCACCGGGGCAAAACAUGUCCCUGGCUCUUAUAGCAAGUGUCAUCUCCUGUAAUUAGUAAUCUAAUUCAUAGCAAGACUGUAUUUUUUUCUAAAUAAAACACUACUGGUGUUUUUGGAUGCAUGGUU